GCGCCCCGCACUCAUUGUUUUUCCAGGUGGACUAAACCUUCUGUCAAGAUGGCGGCCGCCGUGUCCGUUACCGCUGCAGGUGGAAAGCAGACUGGGGGAGAUUGCUGGGCGGCGACACCGGGGGAUGACGACGUGUUCUUGCCGGAGGAGGACAGGCCGCCCAGGCUGCCCAGGCUGGAGUCCCGGGAGAUCCGGAGCCGGGUGGAGAGAAUGAGGAGGGAAGUAAAAAACCGGAGGAAGAUCCUGAUCAAAGGCCUCCCGGGGGAUAUCACUAACCAGGAAGUUCAUGACCUUUUGGGAGAAUAUGAGCUGAAAUACUGUUUUGUGGAUAAAUAUAAGGGAACUGCAUUUGUCACCCUACUAAACGGAGAUCAGGCAGAAUGUGCUAUCCAUCGCUUCCACCACACACGCCUUCGCGACCGUGAGAUCUCUGUACAGCUGCAACCCACUGAUGCCUUACUCUGCAUCGCUAACCUGCCACCGGGAUACACCCAGCAACAGUUUGAGGACCUAGUCCGCCCAUUUGGCAAUCUUGAGCGAUGCUUCCUAGUGUACAGUGGAGUCACUGGACAACCGAAGGGCUAUGGCUUUGCGGAGUAUAUGAAGAAAGACUCUGCCUCCCGAGCCAAGUCGGAUCUACUGGGUCGACAGCUGGGCUCUCGCACCCUGUACGUGCACUGGUCAGACGUCAGCCAGUUCAGCUAUGAACUGAUUCAUUCCCACUGUCUGUGUGUGGAGCGGCUGCAGGAGUGUGAUGUUCUUGAGCUGAAGGAAGCCUUCUCCAAAGUGUGCGCCCCCUCAUUCUGCCAGCUAGCAUAUGGGCAGGAUGGGCAGUUUAAAGGUUUUGCUGUCGUGGAAUAUGACUCUGAGAUGGUGGCAGAAGUAGUCCAGCAGCAGAUGGAUAAUUCGAUGGCAGCGGGAAGUCGUGUACGGGUCUCUUUCUGUGUGCCAGGCCCCCCGGGAAGGAGUAUGCUGGCUGCGCUGAUUGCUGCACAAGCAACGGCAUUAAAUCGUGGAAAUGGUCUUCUCCCAGAGCCAAAUAUGCUCCAGAUCCUGAACAGUCUGGGUUCUUCAGCCACACUGCAGCUCCUGCUAAAUCCCUUACUCCACGGGCCAGCUGGGAACAAGCAAGGCCUCUUGGGUGCAGCCCCCGCGGUGUCCCUUCUAGCUAACCCUGCUCUCUCUACUGCCCUUCUGCAGCUGCUACUGCAGGUACAAACGCCCACACAGAAACCUGGAAUUCUGGGCGACUCUCCCCUCACUGCCUUAUACGGAGCACUGGGACUGUCACCCCAGCUCACACCCACUCCGGGGAAACCACUGCUGCCAGAUCUAGGGCUUGGAGGCGCUCUGCCAUCAGCAGGUAUUCCUUCUGACUUGAGUACUCCUCCACUGCAGCCGUUUCUAGGAUCACAGGCACCCGACUGGGACAGUCCCCCUCCCACACCUGUGCUGGGCUCAUUGCUUGGUGGACUAUCAAAGACUGCAGAGCUGGGGAUGUCCCUCCUCGGUGAGCCCCCUAGGGAUCCGAACAUUCAUUCUGGCCCUUUUAUGAACUACCACGGCCACAUCCCCAGCACAGGAUCAAUGUGUGCAGCCAAUAAGCAGGCUCCUUACAAAGCAUCAGGAAGCCGGGUCCCUCUCGCCUCCUUGCAGAACUCAUUGCUGACUCCCACUGAGGGCUAUCCCUUUGACUUCUCAGCGGAGCUGCCCACUCGUGGAUUUUCCCAAAGCAGGGACCGUAUUGUGCCCAACAUGAGUGCUUAUGAGACCAAGAAUAAGGUUUCCCCACCUACCAGGUUCCGGGAGAGGAGUAGCAGUAUGCCUGCUCCUUUUCCUCCAUACACUACGGGAUCCACUUCCUCCUACUUCACAAGUGGCUGGCAAUCUGGACUCCCGCAAACACACCUGAAUAAAGCGGUGGGCAUGCCUCCGACCAGUCCUGGUGGAGUCCUUCUGGAGUAUGAGGAUCAAGGUCUACAAUCAGGAAACCCAUCUAAGACUCCCAUUGGAGCCCAAAAACGUGGCUUUUCACACUUGAUCCCAUCCCCUGAGCCAAGCCCUGAAGGCGGUUACAUUGGGCAGCACUCCCAAGGCCUUGGCGGACACUAUGCAGAUUCCUACAUGAAACGCAAGAGAAUAUUUUAACAUGCGCCAGUCUGUCACAGACUGCUCCUCCUAGACACCACCUCCGUGCCUGGCAGCCUGUCUGUUAAAUCGUUACGGCUCUUACAUCAUUUCUCAAGAUUGGACAAAUGAUCUAAACGGCAAAUGCUUUCCUGUCAUCGGAGUGAUGACGCUGACAAAUAGGAUCGCAUUUGUGAGAAUAUCGUGCGCAAGGACAGAGGAUUCCUACUGCAUGGAUAUAUUAUAUAUUUUAAAAUUUGCCUUUUUUUGUUUUUAUUUAAAGUUUUUAAAUGUAAUGUAUAGUUUAAAUGCUUCAUUUUCUUUUGAGUAUUUAACGUGUCUGUUUUUAUUUGUACGGCCUCUAAGCGCGACUUUGUUCCUUCUGCUUCUCAUUCAUUUGUGUUUUCUGGUGGGAUUUGUGUGUUUUUUGUUCUUCCUUGUUCCCUUUUCUGAGCCAAGUAUACCCUACUUACUACAAACAUCAGCACUUUGUAUCUGAGCGAUCCCUGAGUUCCGUAGUAUGCACCUUCGACCGUUGGCAUCCCAUAUGUCUGGCGUGAAGGGUGCAUUUGUAAAGAUCUAGACCUGACAUUGUGUGUUUGGGGCUAAAUGGCCAAGGGUUUGAAGAAUAAUUAUAUUGACUGUACAAAUGUAGCCAUGCUCCUCUUUCCAGCGCUGCGGCAUAUUGCAACACUGCUUCAUGCAUGGUGUGCUGGGCUGCGACUAUUCACAGCAGAUGACCACUCCAUGAAUUACUAAUGCAAUUCAUUGAGCGAUCGUCAUUCUGGCACACCAUGCUGCAUCGCAAAUAAGAUUAGCAUGGCUACAUCUGUACCUCAAUCGUGCAACAGUUUAAAGCCUGAUCAUAUUGCUUAUUGGUGGUCUUUUUAUUUUCAGGAAAUGCUAUGCUGCAUUUUUGUUUUAAGUACUAAUUGACUUUUAGGAUUGUUGUGCUUAUGAAAUGGCAAAGAUAGUUGCUACUUGCCGAGACAUCCAGCAGAGCGUGGGAUAAAUGGUUUCUAUGCUGAUGUGCUAAAGGUUGAUCUGGUUUCGUAAAUGACACUUUAGCUGUAAACUGCGAAGUCUGCGUUCCCCUGGACACACACCAUCCCCGCUCCUCAGCCUUCUUGCUGUGCAUCUUUUGUAUCUGAAUUGUUUUCUCAGCUACAUUUGUCAUUUUUGUAUUCCUGAUUAUUAUUUUUGUAACUAGAUAAACUGCUGGAUAUAUCUUUUGAAUAACAAAAGUAAAACCUAUAUUUAUAAAGAAAACUGUUUUAUAUUCAUUCACAUGUGGUUAUAGGCAGUUGCCCUUUUUUUAUAUAUACUCACUUUUUUUUUUUUUUUUUACUUUUAUUAGUCUUUCAAAAUAGACCUAUUAUCCUCACACAGUGGUGUAGUUGUGUUAUGGGCUGAACACUGGCAGCUUCUACCGUGCAGGCGCUGGGUUGCCUAUAUGGGAAUGGUUAAAUAUUUUUGAGACCACCGGCUUUAAGAAUAUUUUUUGGGGACAGUCUAGGCCUGUGUUUGCAGGAUCGGGUCACAAGCCUGUAAUCUGGCCCUCUUUCCACAUCACCUACAUAUUUUGAUUUUCAGUGUUUGCUUCUCCUUUCUUUGUUCAUGUUAUCCCGCUCACUGCUGCACGUUUGGUUAAUCACUAUACAUUUUCUUUUCUGUAAUUACACCAAGGGGUUGAUGUAUUUUGUUGUUAGAACUCUGUCUAUGUAUUGUCCACCUCCUACAAUUGAUCUGACCGGCUUGAGGCUAUAUAAUAAAGUCUCUGGUAUGAUUUUCCUCUAGCAGUGCUGUGUUACUGGACCAUUUACUCCUUUUUAUUGUUUCUAAUUUUGUUCUACCUGCUUGAAACUUGAAAUGGAUUUUAAAAGUAAAAUUACUUUGAAAGUUG